AUGUUCCCCAGGGUGAUUCUGAAGGGAACCAUGAUCAAAAAAUCCCAACAAAAGAAAAGAAUAUCACCAAGUAACUACAAGGAGAGAUUCUUUGUGUUGGACACGCAAGACUUGAAGUAUUCUGAGCGCCGUCCGGGGAAAAAGCCAAUGCUGAAAGGUUGCAUCCAACUGUCCAGUAUAAGAUGCGUCGAGAUUGUGUGCAGCGACAUUCCCAUACCGUGCAACAACAAGUACCCUUUUCAGGUUUUUCAUGAUGGUUAUUAUCUCUACAUUUUUGCCCCGGACAACGACUGCCGUCAGAGAUGGGUCAGGGCUCUCAAAGAGGAAACCAAGCACAACAACUUGGUUGUGAAGUUCCAUCCAAACUUUUGGAUGGAUGGAAAAUGGAGGUGCUGCCAACAGACUGAGAAGCUGGCGGCUGGUUGUCACUUAUAUAACCCAGAUGGUUAUGCUUCUAAAAAGCCACUGCCUGAACUCCCAGGUCCAGAGAUGAAGCUGCAAGACUCAGAACAGCAGCUGGUCGUGGCCCUGCAGGACUACAAGCCGCAGGGUAAGGACAGUCUGCCUCUUCUGAAAGAUCAGGAGUACCUGCUGAUCAGCAGCUCCCACCUCAACUGGUGGAGGGUGCAGGAUAACAAAGGUAACGCAGGUUUUGUGCCUAGUACCUACGUAGUUGAAAAAGCUGGCAACAACUUUGAGCGAUUUGAAUGGUACAACAAACAUAUUACCAGAGCAGAGGCAGAGGACUUGUUAAUGGAAGAGGGAAAAGAAGGUGCGUUCAUGGUACGCGACUCAAGACGGGCAGGAGUCUACACGGUGUCAGUUUUUACCAAAGCGCCGGGAUCCAGUGGGGAGAAGAAUCCCAGAGUGAAACAUUACCAGAUACAACAGUCAGCAACAGAACAGAGGGCGUUUUAUCUGGCAGAGAAGUACCUGUUCAGCACCAUUCCCGAGCUAAUCCAUUACCACCAACACAAUGCAGCCGGUCUGAUAACGCGACUGAGACAUCCUGUCUCUCAAAGAAGACCAAGUUCCCCAGAAGUUGCUGAUCCCUCCAAAGCUCAGUGGGAGAUAGACCCCGAGGAGCUGACUUUGGGUCAAGAGGUUGGCAGCGGCCAGUUCGGGCUUGUGCUGGAGGCGGCGUGGAGGGAUCAGAAGGUGGCAGUGAAGAUGGUUCGAGAAGACUGCAUGUCAGAUGAGGACUUCAAAGAGGAGGCGAAAAUCAUGAUGAAACUGUCCCACUGCAAGCUUGUGCAGCUGUUCGGCAUGUGCACCAAGCGCCCUCCCAUGUGCCUGGUGUGCGAGUUCAUGGAGAACGGCUGUCUGUCGGACUACCUGCGAGAAAGGAAAGGCCGCCUGUCUCAGAACGUGAUGCUGGGAAUGUGUUUGGACGUCAGUGAAGGCAUGGCGUACUUAGAGAGCUCCAACUUCAUCCACAGAGAUCUGGCUGCCAGGAACUGCCUCGUCUCAAAGAACAAUGAGGUGAAGGUGUCUGAUUUUGGGAUGACCCGGUUUGUCUUUGACGAUCAGUACACAAGCUCCCAGUGCUCCAAGUUUGCUGUCAAGUGGUCAGCUCCAGAGGUCAUCAGAUACUCCAAGUUCAGCAGCAAGUCUGACGUCUGGUCAUUUGGGGUGCUCAUCUGGGAAGUUUUUAAUGAGGGUCGUCCUCCCUACGAGAACCUCUCUAACCUGGAGGUCGUGGAGUCACUGAACUCAGGCCUGAGGCUCCUGAAGCCACGCUUGGCCCCAGACUCAGUCUAUAUGCUUAUGGAGUGGUGCUGGAAGGAGAAACCAGAGGAUCGUCCAUCGUUUGCUGUCCUCCUCCAUGAAGUGGAGUCGCUCUCAGACAUCUGA